GUCCUGGAUGAUGACGAAGAAGAGGAUAAGGAGAAGGACAAAGAUGCUCUGGCUCAGGAAUUGUUUGAAGAUGGAGAGGAAGGACAAGCGGAGCCGGUCGCCGAGGCCUUGGAGGAGGAAGACCUCGGAUCGGAAUCCGCGUCUGAUGACGAUGUUAAUGAUUUCAUCGUCGAUGACGAGGGCCAGCCAAUCGCCAAGCCAAAAAAGAAGCGACAUGUGAAAUAUUCGGACAGUGCUUUGCAAGAGGCUCAAGAUAUCUUCGGAGGAGAUUUCGACUUCGACGAUGUUCGUGCUUACGAAGAUGAGUACGAGGAGUCCGAAGAAGAAGAAGACUAUGAAGAUGAGGAAGAAGGAGACCAAGUCAGGGUGAAGAGCGACGUCACAAGAAAGAAAGCCCCGGCGAAAAAAUCCAUCUUCGACGUAUUCGAGCCCAUCGAAUUGGAACGCGGUCAUUUCACUGAUCGCGAUCAAGAGAUCCGGGCAACAGACGAACCCGAGAGAUUCCAAUUGCGAAGCGUCAAAGUAACACCGGCGGACGAGAUCGAAAUCGCGGAGGAAGCCGAGUGGAUCUACAGACAAUGUUUCCAAAAGUCCACCAUAUCCGUACAGAAACCGUCAGGGAGCCAGGAGUCGUCCUCCCCCUCAUCGUCCGGAGAUCGGAACAGCGGACACCAACCGCUCGGAGGACGGAAGAACCGCAGUGCAGUCCCGAAGAUCGCUGAAGCUCUGCGAUUCAUGAGAAAUUCGCACUUCGAGGUGCCAUUCAUUGCGUUCUAUCGCAAAGAAUACGUCCAGCCCGAUCUGACCAUCAAUGAUCUGUGGAUCAUAUACAAAUGGGACGAGCGAUGGUGUCAACUCCGCCAGCAGAAACAGAAUAUGGAGAAGCUGUUCAAGAAAAUGCAAGAGUACAUCUGUGAGCAAAUUCUGAACGAUGAUGGAGCGGCUGAGCAUCUCAGACAGAUCGAAGAGAACGAUUUUGAACGUCUCCGAGACGCUCAGUCGCCCGAGGAGCUGAAAGACGUCUACCUUCACUUUCUCCUGUACUACGCCCAGGAUCUGCCGGCGAUGCAGGAAGCUAAUCUACAGAAACGGAAGAAAAAGCGCGAGGAAGAACGCGUGAAAAGACUCGAGAGGCAGCGAGCUGCGAGAGAAGCCGGCGGCGACGGUGGGCUUGACGAAGAAGAGGAGAUGGACGAAGGCGAGGAGGAGCUAUUCCUGAAGAAAUCGAGACGCAAGGACGGCUUCGCCGUUUGUCGCGAGAUGGGAUUGAGCGCACUCGCUAAGAAAUUCGGGUUGACGCCGCAGCAAUUCGGAGAGAAUCUCAGAGACAAUUACCAGCGGCAUGAGGUCGUCCAGUUCCCCGUGCAGCCUUUGGAAGCUGCGGCUGAGUACGUCAACGAGCGACUCAAGACCCCUCUCGAAGUCCUGAAUGGCGCCCGGUACAUGGUAGCAUGUGAGAUCGCUCGCGAUCCGACGGUCAGACGGUGCGUACGAGAAACAUUCUUCGAGCGAGCGAAACUUUGUGUCGCUCCGACGAAAAAGGGAUCGAAAGAGAUCGACGAGUCGCAUGCCUGCUACACGUUCAAGUACCUCAAAAACAAGCCGGUCAGAUCCCUUCAAGCGGAUCAGUACCUCAAGCUCAGCAUGGCCGAAGAAGAGAAACUGCUCAAGAUAUCCAUCCGUAUGGAUGGCGAUGGAUGCGCCGAAAACGGCACUUACGCCAGUGAGGUGCGUCAACUGUAUCACCGAGACGAGUUCUCGAAGAACGUCCAGGAAUGGAACUCUCAACGAGAGGAAGCUCUCAAUCACGCUUUGACGAAGAUGUUGUAUCCGACUUUUGAGAAAGAACUCAAACUGCGAUUGCUGAGAGAAGCUUACGAUAAUGUGCUCCGUUCGGUGUCGAAGAAGUUCUACAACUGGCUUAAAGUGGCCCCAUACAAUCCUCCGGACUGGAUCCAGGAGGAGGAAGAUUUUGACACGCGAGAGGGAGUCCGUAUCUUCGCUAUCGCAUACCAGAACGACUGGAAUGUCCCAGCUUUCGGAGCUCUCAUCAAUGGAGAUGGUGAAGUGACAGAUUACCUUCGCCUCGAAAAUAUACUCAAACGCAAGAACGCGUGGCGCGAGUCGGAGAGAGCGGCGAAGAUCAGCGACCUGGCAAAACUGAAGAAAUUCAUCGCCGAGAAGAAACCGCACUGCGUCGUCAUAUCUGCGGAAAGCCGAGAAGCUCUGUCCAUCAAAGAGGAUGUGGAGCAGGUCAUCAAAGAACUCGGAGACGACGACCAAUUCCCCGCGGUACAGGUCAUGCUUCUCGAUUGCGGACUAGCUCUCGUUUACGCGAAUUCGAAACGUGCCGAGCAAGAGUUUCGCGAAUAUCCACCUCUGCUGAAGCAAGCGGUCUCGCUUGCUCGCCGAAUGCAGGAUCCUUUGAUAGAAUUCAGUCAGCUGUGCGGUCCGGACGAAGAAAUCCUCUGUCUGAAGUACCAUCCACUCCAAGACAAUGUUCCUAAAGAGGAGUUCCAAUGGGCUCUGGCCCUCGAGCUCAUCAAUCGCACAAACGAGGUCGGGGUCGACAUCAAUCGGUGCAUGGAGCAGUCACACACUUCGGAACUCCUGCAGUUCGUAUCGGGCUUGGGUCCGAGAAAAGCGCACGCCAUGAUCAAAACCCUCAAACAGAGUCAUUCGAAGUUGGACAGUCGAACGAGUCUUGUCACAACGCUGAAACUCGGCCCGAAAGUGUUCCUAAACUGUGCGGGUUUCAUCCGCAUCGAGAGCGGGUCCUUCCUCGACAACAACACGAGUGCCUACGCCGAGAUGCUUGACGGAUCGCGCGUUCAUCCAGAGAUGUACGAAUGGGCUCGGAAAAUGGCGACGGAUGCGCUCGAGUACGAUGACAAUGAGGACGCGAAUUUGAAUCCAGCCGACGCCCUCGAAGAGAUUCUCGAGAAUCCCGACAAACUCAAAGAUCUCGAUCUCGACGCUUUCGCCGUCGAACUCGAACGGCAAGGCUACGGAAACAAAAGCAUCACCUUGUACGACAUCCGUGCCGAGCUGAACAACCGAUACAAAGAUCUUCGUGUCGAAUACGUACCACCCGAGCGAGAAAUCCUAUUCAACCUCCUCACGAAGGAGACUCCGGAAACGUUUUUCGUAGGCAAGCUCGUCACGUGCCAAGUUUCGGGCAUUGCCCGGAAGAAGCCUCAGGGCGAACAACUCGACCAGGCGAAUCCAAUCAGGAACGAUGAGUCUGGCUUAUGGCAGUGUCCGUUUUGCCUAAAGAACGAUUUCCCUGAGCUCUCCGAAGUGUGGAAUCAUUUCGAUGCGGGUAAUUGCCCUGGUCAGGCCAUGGGCGUGAAAGUACGUUUCGACAACGGCGUGAAUGGCUUCAUUCCGACAAAGAACCUGUCGGAUAAACGAGUGUCCAACCCGGAAGAACGAGUGAAGAUCGGGCAGAUCGUGCACGGCAGGAUCACCAAAAUCGAUAUCUCUCGGUUUUCUGUCGAUGUCACUACAAAAAGCUCCGAUCUGGCCGACAAAAACGGUGAAUGGAAGCCGCCCAAAGAUCUUUACUACGAUCACGAGGCCGAGGAGAAAGAGCGUAAGAAAGUCAAUGAUGUCAGUAAGUUGAAGCAGCGACAAACUUACGUUAAACGUGUCAUCGUGCACCCGUCGUUCCACAAUGUUUCCUUUAGUGAAGCUGUCAAGAUACUGGAUCGACAAGAACAAGGCGAAAGCGUAAUCCGGCCAUCAUCCAAAGGUGUUGAUCAUUUGACGGUAACUUGGAAAGUCCAUAAGGACAUUCUACAACACAUCGACGUCCAGGAGAAAGGAAAAGAGAACAGUUUUUCCUUGGGCUCAUCAUUGGUCAUCAAUGGCGAGGAGUUCGAAUGUUUGGAUGAAAUACUCGCCAACUAUGUGCAACCCAUGGCUGGUUUCGCCAGAGACUUAAUUAACUUCAGGUAUUUCCAAGAUUUCGAAGGCGGUAAGAAGGAGCUCGUGGAAAGAUGGUUGACAGAAGAGAAACGGAAGGCGCCCUCGAGGAUCCCUUAUUGUGUCACCGCGUGCGCGCAAUUUCCCGGAAAAUUCCUCUUAUCGUACCAGCCAAGCUCAAAAUGCCGACACGAGUUCGUCUCCGUGACGCCCAACGGCUAUCGAUACCGGCAACAGAUGUUCCAUUCUGUGAACGCCCUGUUCCGCUGGUUCAAGGAACAUUUCAAAGAUCCGAUCCCUCAGCCGGCGCAAACCCCCGGAGCGCAAUCGGUAACUCUUACAGCCGCGGCCCCUACAACGCCGUAUUUGACGCCGGGUCUUGCGACUCCCAGCGGUCGAAUGAGUGUUGUGCCAAUGAUUAUCGCGACUCCGGGCUUGGCGACUCCUGGUGCGAGAACGCCUGGAUCGGUAGCAGCCGCACCGUACGCCGGUUUCCCGGCGGGUUACGCCUACGGGACUGCGGCGAACUACGCAAUGGCUACUGCGAUGACUCCUCAGCCCAUGCAGAUCUCCACCACUCCGGGAUAUGUAACGCCUGGAGGUUACAGCACCGCAGGGGGUCGCGCAACUCCUUCGAAGAUGUAGAGAACUCACCGACUCCCCGUUGAAGACAGCCGUUGAACAGAGCUGCGAUAAUCCUUCUCGGCUCGAGGGCUCAUCAUGAUCGUGCGGUAAUUUCCGCGCUGACGCAGUUUGCUGGAAAACGCCCUGAAAGACUUAUCGAGG